GGCCGUAUCUCGGAACGACGCGCGCUUGACACAAAUUCAAUCCAAAUCGAAACCCUCCCGCGAACUCGGAGCGACGAAGGAGAAAUGGGCGCAUCCGAAGAUGGCGACGAUCUCGAUUCCAUCUUCGACGACUAUCGUUGGGACUGCGCUCCCGAAUCGCCUCGCCUCGACCGCGAAGACGAAGACGGCUUCCCUCCGUUUCGGCCCAUCGGAACGGAGGCCGGCGGCGGACAGGCCGGAGGGAUCGGGAGCGACGGUGGGGAGGGCGACGGAAGAGAGAGUUUCGCGUCCAGCUUCUACGGCAGCGGGACCGAUUGGUCUCGCCUGCGAUCGGAGGAGGGGGAGGACGAUGGGAGCGGCGUGAUUUUGGAUGAGGACGGUGAUGAUGGUGUGCGAAGCAAAUUGGGGUCGGAGGAGAAGCUGAAGCAGGGCAAUCUUCUCCGGAUGUGGGGGUUGAAGAGGAAAGAGGUCGGAGCCGGGAAGCUGAGGCAGGGCAAUCUUCUCCAGAUGUGGGGGUUGAAGAGGAAAGGGGUUGGAGGUGGAGGAGGCGUGGCUGCUCCAUUGGAGCCGGAGCUGGCUUCGACAGAGAAGAGGUCAAGGACGUUGAAUGGAGGGAGUAAUGGUGGAGCUCAGCCUAGAGUUUGCCCCUUCUACAAAAAAAUUCCAGGGACGCCGUUCUCCGUUGAUGCAUUCCGCUAUGGUUGUGUUGAAGGAUGUUUGGCAUAUUUUCUCACACAUUUUCAUGCUGAUCAUUAUGGUGGCCUUAGCAAGGGAUGGUCUCACGGCCCUAUCUAUUGCACCCCUCUCACUGCUCGGCUUGUUAGAAUGUGUCUCUAUGUCAAUCCAUCGUUUAUUCGGCCUCUGGAAUUGAACGAAGAGCAUAUAAUAGGAGGAGUUAGAGUCACACUGCUAGAAGCUAAUCAUUGUCCAGGUGCAGCUUUGAUUCACUUUCACCUGUCAAAUGGUCAACGCUACUUGCACACGGGAGACUUCAGAGCCUCAAAACUGAUGCAAACUUACCCUCUUCUCGCAAAGCAACGAGUCGAUGUGCUUUACCUGGACACAACUUAUUGCAAUCCAAGAUACAAGUUCCCUUCCAAAGAAGACGUACUAAGUUAUGUUGUCAGAGUUUCUAAUGACUUCCUUAAAAAGCAACCCAAGACCCUUAUUGUCGUCGGGGCUUAUAGCAUUGGGAAAGAAUGUGUCUACCUUGCCCUUUCAAAGGCGUUAGGGGCUAAAGUACAUGCAAAUGCAUCAAGGAGACGUAUUCUGCAGUCUUUCAACUGGCCUGAACUAUCCCAGAGGAUCAGCUCGAAUCCAAAGGAUACAUAUCUUCAUGUCCUGCCUAUAUCAUCCCUGCGGUUUGAAAUCCUUGAUAGUUAUUUGAAGUCUUAUGGAAAUCAAUACACGGAUGUUUUGGCAUUCCGACCAACUGGUUGGACCUACUCUGAGCGUACACAAUUGAGUCUAAUCAAACCCAUCUCCAAAGGCAAAGUUACCAUUUAUGGUCUGGUGUAUUGUCAUGACAAAAGUAGACAGCAUUUGACCACUACUUGGCACUUUGCAGGAGUUCCUUAUAGUGAGCACUCCAGUUUUACAGAAUUGCGGGAGUUUGUGCAGUUUUUGAGGCCAAACAAGAUCAUUCCGACUGUGAACGUUCGGAAUGCUUCUACUAGAGACAAGAUGCAAUCAUACUUUCGGGAAUGGCUGAAAGACAAAUCUGUGAGCCAGAAUCCAUAAUUUCUGUGCGUCACUGCAGAAAUCUUCAGUCAGGGGUACCAUUCAUUUGACCGCACCUUCAUCAGGUCUUGGAUACUUUUCCAAUGAAAUCUGUUUGGUUUAAUGUUUUUUCCCCACUUUCUUACUAAUGUUUCUUCAAGUAUUCCUGAUUUUUAGUUGUACAAAAUGCAGAUAUCACCAACUCUGUGUGGAAGGGCUUAACAUAUUAACUCAAGUUGGUGCAAAGGACUGGAAGUCCUCAUGCUCAUUUGAAAUUCUAUUUUGCAAAAGUGUAGCAAGAGGAGAAAGAUGGUACACUGAUAAAGCUGAAAGAUACAGACGACUGUUUGUUGAUUCAUGAUCUUGUUGUAUUUUUCCUUGAGAAAAACAUUAUCAUUCACAUAAUACGCAUUUCUGUAAGUGUGGUUGUCGUUUUUUU